ACGCUCUUAAAGACUAAUACACAGUCUAUAGAGUAGACUGACUUUAUGAAACAGUUUGCAGUGAAACUUUUAAACCGCAGGACAAACACACACAGCUGCUGCUGAGCAGACACCAGAGUUUUGGGACUUUUCAUUCACAAAUAUGAUGGAGGAUUUCUCCGGUUUGGCUCUGCCUCCUCUGUUUGGAGGACACAUCCUGGAAGCAGAGCUGGAGCCUGGUGGUGUGGAGCUGGGACCAGGAGAGGUGGAGCUCGGCCCAGGAGGCAAUGAGUUGCUGGAGAGUACAGCACAAGAGGAUGAAGAGAGAAGAGCUCUUGAUAAGAGGAAAUAUCUGGCUCUGAGCAGGAGAUGUAAAGAAAUUGAACAGGUGAAUCAGAAGAUUCUUGGUCGCCUUCACCAAGUACAAAGAAUUACACGGCGCUUGAAGAAAGAGAGGCGGUUUCUCAUGAAGACUUUAGAUGCUCAUGGGGAUGACUACAGAAACACCCAGCUCACUAUACUUCUAGAGGAUGAGCCUGGAGCCCAUUUAGAUACUGCUGAUGGAGUGGAGGAUGACCGGCUCAAUGGUGUGUCUGGUUCCACUUCGUCUGCAGCGUUGCAUCACGCUGCUGGACCAAAGAAGAGGAGGCACCGAAUUCCACGACAAGAGAAGGAUAAAGACCAACAGACCGAACCAGACAUGUCAGUGUUGGCAGAGACACAGUUUGGAGAAAUGCCCAGCCCAACUUCUCUGUCUCACUGAUCGUUACACUGCCUUGGAUGAUAAAGGAGCACCCAGUUGUUAUUUUUUUACUGUUCAGUAGAUACGCUGCCUCUCUUCAGCCAGCUUUUGCACUGUUUGUAGUUUUACUUGAACAUUGUGAACAGACGGAAUUCAUGUAAGGUGAAAUGAGAUGUUAUUCACCUGGUACAUACAGUCUAUACAUUUGUUUUGUAUAUAGUAUUUUCUGUAGUCAUAUUUUGUACUAAGAGUUGAUGACAACACAUAAUUAUGACCAGUGUGCACACUGUCAUUGACAACCUUGUCUGGUAAAUGUCUGGCAACCCAGAUGCAAUUAUCGUAGGGUAGAAACCUGUGUUAUUUUUGGCUUUCACAAUACAUUCUUGGAUACUAUGAAUGAUUUUAUGGUUCAUGAUUUUAUCUCAGUAAGAGUCAUGAUCAGUAUUAAAGUAUCGCAGACUGCUAAUUGGUUCUUAGGCUGUAUUAUUUUUAUUUUAAAGUUUUUA